AUGCUUCCACGUCCUCUGCAGCGUACACUUUCAGUAAACUCUAUACGAAGAUCUAUUCAAACGAAACCUCGCCCUUCAGUAUCUCCUCUAGGUUUUGCCUUUGACAUAGAUGGUGUUCUCAUGGCUGGCCCUGAUCCAUUGCCAACGGCGAAAAGAGCCUUGCAAAUUCUCGAAGGCGAUAAUCCAUUCAACAUGAAGAUCCCAUAUGUUCUGCUCACCAAUGGUGGGGGGAAGACUGAGGCUGCGCGAGCUGAGAAACUUUCUGCUCGCCUUGGGAUUAAACUCCAUCCGGAGCAGAUUAUUCAGGCUCACACAAUUCUGAAAGACAUGACUCGCAAGUAUGCUGAUAGCCCCGUGUUGGUGCUAGGCGGAAGGAACGAUGAGCUACGUCAGGUCGCAGAGAGUUACGGUUUCCGAAAAGUGUUUACUACCCCAGAUGUUUUACUCUGGAACCCUUCUGUCUGGCCCUUUCAAACGAUAAAUCCUAGUGAAAUGCUCAGCCGACCCUCGGUGGAUUUUUCGAAGACUCGGAUUGGCGCGGUCUUAGUGUUCCACGAUCCACGAAACUGGGGGCGUGACGUUCAGAUAAUUUUGGAUGUUAUACAGUCUGGAGGUGUCAUUGGCAAUCCUUACGUGGACCACACAUCCCACCCGGUUGAGAUCGUUUUUUGUAACCCGGACUUACUUUGGAAAUCCGAUUUUCCAAGACCAAGAAUCGGACAAGGUGCAUUCAAAGAGUCCUUUCAGGCUGUAUACAAAGCCAUUACUGGAUCCACGUCUCCUUAUCCUUUUGUUCAAUUUGGCAAACCAACUGCACCAACAUACAAGUACGCUGAAAAGGUCCUCGUCCAAUUGGUCAAAAAUCGUGACGGCAGUAACGCUCCAUUGCCAGGGAUUUAUAUGAUUGGAGACAAUCCUGAAUCAGACAUCGCCGGUGCGAACGCCGCCGGUUGGUCCUCUGUUCUUGUUCAUACAGGCGUUUUUGAUCCUGGUUCGGGUGCACCACCAGCACACACACCGACAUACCAAGCUCGGGAUGUAGAAGCUGCUGUGCAAUGGGCUCUUAAUAGAACGCUUUUCAAGUGA